AAUUAUUAUGAUUUUAACUCCUUUUUAUAUUUCUUAUUCCAUUUUGUUAAUUCCAAAAUCUACUGCAGAUUUUCUGAAAUGAUUUGUUUCUGCCAAGAUUUUUGGUGGCUGGUCUUUGUUUGUUUAGGGAUUUCUUAUUUUCUUAGAUGGGUUCCUUCUGGGAUUUCAAUUUCAGUAUUAUUGCAACUCCCAAUUUUGGCACAAUCGGUUGGGCAAUUGGCAGGAAGAGUCCCAGGCUCCAGUCUCCGAUGAACUCCCAAGUGCCCCCAAGUAGUAUCAUUUCGGAUUUUUGCACAGGAUUUGGUGUCAUAAACUCCAAAUGGAAGGUGCAGGUUCAUUACCAAGUUGAAAUCCAGUUGCACACCAGAAGAUAUGCACCUAUUUGUGCUAAUGAUGGUGAAGCUAUUGAAGAAGGGGGCAUUAAUGAUGAUGCUCAUGGUCUUAGUUUUAAGAUAGCUUCCAAUGGUGAAGGGCAACAGGAAAAGUAGUGUGGGAGAGAAGUUAAACCAAUAUCCAUGCUUCCUACCUUUUGGAGAGUACCACUUUGCAUUAUAUAACUGGUCUUCUAGGUGCAUAGAUCUAUCAAAUUUAAUCAUUUCACUGUCUGAUUCUACUUAUCAUUGAUUCAAUUUGUUAUUAUCAUUGAUUUCUGGUUAUUUACCACAUUCUAUUGUGCAAUGGAUGGUGGAGGAGUGCCACACAAUAUCUGUGUUUUAAUGAGAAAUUCAAACUCCGAAGUAGGCUAUUUGAUUCCAGAUUUCCACCUUCCUUUGCUAGGAUGCAGUUUGGAACAGCUUUGUAAAUAACUUCCCUUAUGAAUAUACAAGAGAUUUCAGAGACAAAAAGAGUAACAAUAUCAUAUUUUUGUUCAGAUUUUUGAGACUUUGGUACUUGGUUCUACCUCUAUCGUAGAGUAGCAAAAUCCUUGCUGGUGGUUUUGCAUUGGAGCUUCCCACCUUCAUCCCCAAUUUCUGCAGUUAUGAUGAUGGAACUCCUGUAAACAUUGCAGCUGCUCAACCAAAAGCUAUAGGAAUCUCAGGACCUUCCAAGAAUAAUUAUGCUCAAGGAAAUGUGGUUUCACCAUUCAACAAAAUAGAGUCGGCUCAAUCAAGCUCAAAGCCAUUGUCCAUUCAAGGAUGGCAGGCAACCAUGGAGGAUGCUGUGAGUAAAGAUUUAAAUCUUUU